AUCGCCAUCUACUGAUAGCGUAAAUUAAUACAUUUCUACACUUCGUGUGUAUACGAGAGGGAAGUUCGAAAGUGAAAUUGUAUAGUGUCAUGUAAAAAUGGACUGGAUACACUGCAAUUCGUGUUACCUACUACCAAACCUGUCAAAAGACAAAAAAUUUUUAUUAACCAGUUGUGGACACGUAUACUGUGAAAACUGCGUCAAAUCCGAUGGCACAAAGAAAUGUCUGAUUUGUGGAAAUACAUUUACUAUGAUUCCACUAACUUCAGAAUUGAAUGCUGAUAUCCAGGAAUAUUUCAGAACUCCUGAGGACGUGCUGAAACGUGCACUACAAAUUAUGGCUUUUCAGGAAGGUCACCGUAGCAGGAUUACUGCAUAUUUUAACAAUGUUAUAUUGAAAUACAAAGCUGCCAAACAAGAAAUAGUGAGACUGAAUGGAAUUAUUAAAAAACAAGAUAAAGAUUAUAGAGAUUUGAAACAACAAUUCAUACUUCUUAAGCAAAAACUACAAAGAGGAACGCCAUCAUUUACUGACAGUAAUAGCGGCAGUAACAUAACCUCUCAAGUACAACCAUCCAACUCAAAAGAAUUCAGCUCCAUGCCAAGUCAAAUAAAUACAAUUCCAGUUUCUGCAGUAACUCAUAUGAACACUGGAAGUCUUGCAGACAGAAUCACAUUUCCUCAGGUUUCUAAACAUUCUGCAUUGCAGACAUCUCCUUGGAUAACUCCAAGGCGCUUGACUUUACGUAAAGUUACUCCACCAAAUAGUGGCUCUUCUUCAUUAGGAAAUGCUAAUUUACUCAUGUUUUCACCAACAACUCCACAGAAGACAAUCAACUAUUCUGCCCAGUAUAGAACAAACCCACAGUAUUCAUCACAGCCCAACACUCCGUCAACUCCAGGAACACCAGUCACUCCUGAAUGUACUAGAUUUUCACCUUUAAAUAGGCGUGAUCCAGAAACACCAUCUUCUACUGUAAAAUAUAGACAUUCAUCACUCAGCAAUACUGACAGAAUGCUGAACAACCUUACGUUGACAUUGCACCAACCCAGAGAAAAGUAGAACAUGCAUGCAUAAUGCACCUUCAGUUUUCAUUAUCUGCACUCUUACAGUUGAAUGAGAACAAAUAUACAUGAGCCUGAUAUAAUGAAAGAAAGAAUUAUAUAGUGGUUUUCAUCCAUUUUCCACUUACCUCUUGCUAUAUUCAAGACUUUACACAGUGCAGAAGAAAUAGAAUUGUAUAGUAAUUAUCUCACAAUCUAUUAUAAAUUCCCAUAUUGUUUUCAUUCUGUAAAAUUGGAUUUCAAAAAUUAAACAGAAUUAUUAUUUUUGGUUUUCCUUUACUAAUGCUAAAUCCAGUAUGUAUGAACAUAAAAAGUGAAUAUAUAAAAAUUGUGUGGUGCUCAAGUGAGUGAAUUUUGAUUUAAUAAUAUAAUAAUAAAAUAAUUUUUAUGCAAUUUUCCAUUCACUACAUAUAACUUAAUUUAAUUUAUUUCUAUUAAAGUUUCAGAUGUGUUCAUGUACAUCAUGAGAGAUGUCUAAUAGUCAGUUCUGUGAUCUUUACAAUUUCAGGCAUCAAAAAUACCUGAAUGUAUAUAGCAAUUUACUUUGGUGUUUAUUAUUCUAACAUCAGUCAUUGUUAAUAGAACAUAUUGUACAGAGAAGAUAUAAUUGAUAUAACCAUAUAUGCACAGCAAUUUAAGUUUUCCAGUAGAACUUCUGUCUAAGGCAUUGGUACAAAAUGAGUAAAAGAAGACGAAGAAAAUUAUCUCAAUACAGAAGGGCAACUUUGUUUUCUUUGAUGCAACUCUUGCUUAAUUUUGAAUUACAUUUGCUGCAAGUUGUUCAGCCUGUUAUGUAAAUGUAAUGUGAAUAGAUGUCAUGAAUAAAUACUUUGUGUUAUAGCACAAGAUAACAUUCCUUUCUUUGAAGAAAACAAUUUUUGAGUUUGAAACAAUGCAAUAAUU